ACGUUCUCUGCUUCUUCUGAUGAUGCAGCUGCUACUAUUGCGGCGCUGUUCGAUGCCGUUUGAAUGCUUUGGCUUUCACUUCUCAUUGGUUGAAAUCGCAUGGUCCGUGAGAUCUACCAAUAGGAAGUCAGGAAUCGUCGAGACAGCAUGCUAAUAAAUCCGGUGACUGAACAGCGCCGGCGUGCGAGGCCGCCCGCGUGUGCGCGCUGUGGACUUUGGAGUUUGGGGAUUUUGUGCAUGUUGGUGGUGUUUGAGUUGAAUGGUUAAAAUCAGUUGUUUGUGAGGGCUGAGCAGCUCGAUCACAAUGGAAGAGGAACCGGCUACGACGGACGAGCUGUCGGCGCAGGCCUCGUUCGAGCACGACCUUCUGUCCAGGCUGCAGGAGUGCCUGUCUACCAGGAAAAAACACGUGGUCUACUCGAAAGUCAUCAUUAAAUGGGAGGAGGUGGCGUUCGACGGCCACUCGGCCGAGGAGUGUCACAAGUGCUGGCUCAACAUCCAGUCUCGGCUGCGACUGCAGCGCACCAUCGGAGAGCUGAUUGACGACGCGCAGGCGGCGCGCUGGGACCCCAGCCGGCUGCGCAAGGCCAUCAUGGUCCAGCGGAGUAAGGAAGGCGCACCAAAACGUCCUGGGAACGCGUACUAUUUCUUCACAAAGAAGAUGCGCCCCAAGCUAGCGAAGAAGUAUCCUGGACUUGGAUUGACGGAGAUGAGUUCAAAGCUAUCGCAGCGGUACGCGUCCUUGUCGGCCGAGAAGAAGCAGGUGUUCGCUGAUCAGGCGGCUGAGGCUUUGGCUCAAUACAAGAAAGAGCUAAAAGAGUUCGAACGAAACCAUCCCGAGCUGACCCUAGAGAGUGCCGACGGGCCCAAGAGGCCGCCACGCGCCCUAGAGCUGUUCAUUCGUGCGCGAGCCGCCCAUUUGCCGCGGGCUGAAGCGCUAGCGGCGUAUAGAGCGCUUCCCGCCGAGGAACGAAAGGCCUACAGCGUCGAGGCGGAUCAGCUGCACGAACAAUAUGUGGCAGAAGCCCAGGCGUACAAGGAACAGUACCCCGGCUGGGAAAUUCCCGCCUCCGCUCGACGGAAGCCCGCCAAGAAGCGACAGCCGCGAAACGCCUUCAAUGUGUUUGUACAAGAGACUUACCCGACGGUGGACCCGUCGCUGUCCAACGCCAAGCGUCUCAGGAUCUGCUCCGAGAUGUGGCACGAGGCGGACGCCAAAACGAAGGCACGCUGCCAGAAAAUGGCGGAGGAGGAGCGAGAGGAUUAUCUGGAGUACGUCAACUCGCUGCCCGAGGAGGAACAGGCUGACGUUCGAGCCAAAAUGGCUCCGCGGGCCAAGACAACGGCACGCUCGAGGAUGAUAAAGAAAUUGGCUGGCCGCGUGAAGAGGCUCAGCGCCAGGACCCUGUUUAUGAGGGAGAAGAUGCCGUCAGAAACGGACGGUAUGCUGAGCCAGGAAGAGUGGCGGAGGAUCCUGGCUCGGAAGUUCAAGCAGCUGAGCGAUGCAGACAAGGAGGAGUACGCACAGAGAGCCAGAGCUUUGACAAAAGAGGCGCGGGAAAAGGCUAUCACCGAGCUGAUUGAACAGGGCGAGGAGCUAGCUGAGCACAACGCAGGGGGAGAAGAGGAAGAAGAGGAGGGACAAGAGGAGGAGGAUGAGGAGACACCGAUAGCAGCCACACCACCCAAGUCGAAGCGGCCGCGGGUACCUGCCACCAGCAACCAGAACGGUGACACCCCCAGAACGGUGAUACCCCUAGAGAACGGGCCGACAUCCAACGGGCUGCCGGAGUCGCCCGAGAUUGGACGGAAGAAGGAAAAGCGAAGCAUGACUUCAGAAGACUACUCCACAGAAGGCUACUCCACAGCCGAGGACGGCAGCCCGAAGAAGAAAAAGAAGAAAAAGAAAAAGGAGGAAGCUGAACAAACUCCUGCCCAGAGUGUUCCGGAGGAAGAAACUCCGGCGCAGAGUGUUCCGGAGGAAGAAACUCCUGCUCAGAGUGUUCCGGAGGAAGAAACUCCUGCGCAGAGUGUUCCGGAGGAAAUAGAUAGCAACGCCGUCUUCGAGUGGUUUGUGGAGAACUACCGACCGGCGUCUAUGGAGACCCUGAAGCCGCACAAGCAGAGGAAAAAGGCGAAAAAGGCCUGGAACGAGCUGACGGACCACCAGCGGCGGGUGACUGUGCGCAAAUACAGGAAGCAGCUGCUGGCGGGACAACUCUAGAGUCGGCCGCAGCGCAGGCACAAUGCCACAGCACAGCUCAGACGUCUAGAUCCGGUCUGGCUGCCAUGACUCAGAGUCGCUGUGGGAUCGGAGUCACAGCCCUAACAGAGUCGCAGUGGGGUCAGACUCAUAGACUCAGUCACUGUGGGAUCGGAGUCACAGCCUCAUCAGAGUAGCGGUGGGGUCCGAUCGACCCAGCCACAGUGUCUGUGUGGUAAUUUGACAUGCUCUCCGCCUGGGAUACCCGGUCGGAGUGAGGUGCCGGGAUAUCAAAUGACAAACUUUGGUGAGCGAUGAUCCGGCCGUGUCAGCCCCGGCGGAUGGACGAAUUUGUUGAUGUAGUUUGGAGGGCUGAAUGGUGAUUGGUCUGGGCUGAGCGGUGGCGUCUGCCCUGUCAUGGGUUGCCUUGAACGUGUGACAUGCCUUGGGACUGUCAUGAUGGGUCUCAUCAACUUGGCACCUUCUAGGCUGCGUGCCUGGGUCAGACAGCUUGACCCCACUGCCAUUGGGAAGGGCGAGUUGGGCCCCGACAGGCCCUAACUGCUAGGGCCUGUAGUCUGCACGGUGACAUAGCGCUCAUCGCGGUCAUUGAUUCGUGUGCUAUCACCGUCAUCAGGCGUUGUCGAGUUUUCAGUCGUGUGCGUCGUCAUCCACAGCCUUAGGGGACAUGCAGGUUGCAGGGGUCACCCCCCAUUAGGGGACUGACGGUGUCGUGCGUCAAUUUGUGAAGUUUGUGCAAAAUGAGCGUUUGCGUGGACCAAGCGGCAUUCUGAACUGGGAAGUGGCUCGUUCUGUUUGGGAGAGAUGAGGGAGCGAACGUUCUGAUGAGUGAGUUUUAGUGGGUGAUGUUCGGCCGGCACCUGUUCGUGUUGGAUGGUGCGUGCUCCUGGCCUGGUGUUUGGAUGACUUGUUUGGGCGAUAGAUAUAAGGUUUGUGUCGGGGCGUUCGCUCGCGGAACCUGUACUGUUGAGCGAUGAGCGCGACUGUUUUCAUAUCGCAGACGGAGUAAAACUGUUGGAUUUUCUGGCGUGAUCGACUAUGCCGCGUUGUGCUUUUUGGAAUACAAAACGGUUGAAGAAGAAA